AUGGUAAACAUUAAAGAUGCUGCUCUCGCAUACAAAACUUUAAAUGGAAUUAUUUGUGUUUAUAAACCAUCCUGCGUCAGUGUGCGUCAAGUUCAGAAUACAAUUUUAACUCAUUUAUGUAGAGAUUUAAACUCCUUACCCGACCGACAGCUUGAAAAAAGGGUUGAGAUUAUUGGUGCAACAAAUGAACCAAUGCAAGUUAAAAUGGUACCGAACUAUGCAGAUCAUCCACUUGCAUGUGGUCCUCGAUACAUAAAAGAAGACUUCCGAUGCAGUUGGGCUACACAUUUAGGCCUAUUUAGUAGUGGGGUUUUAUUGAUAGGGAUCAAUGAUGGAACAAAACUUACAUACCAAAUAAAUACAGCGAGACCAACAAGAGCUUUCAAAGUACACGGGCAGUUGGGAAAAGCAACAGAUACAUAUUUCUGGAAUGGAAGGACAAUGGAACGAGCUUCGUACAAUCAUGUUACGAGGGAAAAACUAGAUAGAGUAGUAGCUCAUAUACAGGCUGCUCAUCAGAAAACUAUGUUCGAAUUAUCAGGUCUUCACAUGGAGUCUCAAACAGCCUAUGACUUGGCUUCACAGGGUCUCAUAAGGCCAGCUAACAGUAAAUUGCCGAUCAUUUAUGGAGUCAAAUGUGUGCAUUUUGAUUCCCCCAAUUUUACUCUAGAGAUUCAGUCAGUUAAUGAGUAUGAUAAAUAUUUGUGGACUCUAGUCCAUGAUUUAGGGAUACAAUUGAAGACAGCGGCUCACUGCACCGGGCUGCAAUGUGUCAGACAAGGAAGGUUCAAUCUAGAAUUAGCGCUGUUAAGAAAACACUGGCAACUCAAUCACAUAUUAAAUAAUAUGGAUCAGUGUCGCCAGCUGUUAGAAGAAAAUGAAAACUUAUUGAAGCCUAAAUCAGCCCAUCUGACUGUUUAA